AAGGUAGGUAGAAAUAAGAAAAAGCAUUGGUGACAUUUUUAUAGUCAGUUUAUACAUUUAUACAGCCACAAUGAAGAUUUUCGACAUAAUUGGAGUAUGUCGGUGAUGCAGUUCUCCGGGACCAUGUCUGACUGUCAGUUGGCAGGUUGAACUCAGACCGACCCGCACAAUGCCUCCUCUGAAUGACAGUGGGUGCGUGGAUGAGGAGGAUGUGGCGAGAGAUGAGACUCUGGCCAAGGUGGAGAUCGCGCUUCUCAGUGUCAUCUUCGUCACCGCCGCUAUCCUCAACACAUCCGUGCUCACUGUGUUGUGGAAACAGCGCAAGCAGAUGUCCAGGAUGCGCCUCUUCGUCUUUCACCUGUGCAUCGCGGACCUGGUGGUCGCUUUCUUCCAGGUUUGUCCGCAGCUCAUUUGGGACAUCACGGAUAGAUUUGUUGGACCGGACCUGGUGUGCCGCCUGGUCAAGUACCUGCAAGUUCUGGGUAUGUUUUCAUCCACUUACAUGAUCGUGGUGAUGACGAUGGACCGACACCAAGCUGUCUGCAACCCAAUGGUGAAGUUCCAGCGGGCGCGCACAAGACUGAACAUCCCAGUAUGCGUCGCCUGGGGGAUUUCUCUGCUGGGCAGCCUGCCACAGGUUUUCAUCUUCUCACAGGUCGAAGUUGCACACGGUGUGUUUGACUGCUGGGCCACAUUUAUCCAGCCAUGGGGGCUGCAGACUUACAUAACCUGGACCACGCUGGUUAUUUUCAUUUUGCCUGUUAUUGCGAUUAUUGUGUGCCAAGUACGCAUCUUCUGCGCCAUACACAACAAUCUAUAUCAGAAGACCAAGCAGGGAGGUAAUGCGGGUUUCCCGCUUCCGUCCAGAGCCAGCAGUGUGGCCGGCAUGUCCAGAGCCAGGGUCAAGACGAUUAAGAUGACUGUGUUUAUUGUACUGGCUUAUAUUGUGUGCUGGGCUCCCUUCUUCACUGUCCAGCUUUGGUCCGCCUGGGACCCUCAUGCGCCAAAAGAAACAGCGACAUUCACCAUCCUGAUGUUGCUGGCCAGUCUGAACAGCUGUGCGAACCCCUGCAUUUAUCUUCUGUUCAGCGGCCAGUUUCCGAAAAGGCUGGUUUCACUCCUAUCUCGGCGGUGGUCCAAGGAUCCAAUUCACGAGCAGGCGACGUUAGUCAGCACAUUGUACAUGAGCUUAAAAAAUGUCUCUGAGUCCAGAUGAGGGCGAAACGUUUCUGUCUCUGCACUUGGGCGACUGUGUUUGAACAGAAGAAGCGAGGACAGGACUCAUGUGUCUCCUGGUUCUCUGACAUGUUGAACAGGAUUGACGAUGUGUCACCGAAACAGCAACAAAAAGCAAACUCUGGCUGACAUCUGCGCUCCUCAUCUUGUCGGAUGUUGACGCACGACAAAAGCGCGCCGUGUUCCGCUGGACUUACUGAUGCUCUGCAAAAUCAUCGUGUUGUGAACUUGUUCUGAUUUUGACCGUUAAGAAUAUUCCCCACCCCCAACGAAGCUUGGACUUCAGAAACCCUUCCAAACAGAGACAGUGUUGUUGUUUUGUGUCAUCAUGGCAAAAGUGG